GAUUGGCUCCCGUUGCCUCACGUGGUAUCACAGAUGAUUUCCUGUGGCAAUGUUUAUGUCAGUUUCUCGAGGCGAUCGGAGAAUAUGAACCCCUAAAGAGUGAGCGGAGAGCGGCGGCUCCAAGCCGAGAUGGCCGAACCCAGCUCGAUCCCAAUCCAGGACGAAAACAACUGUCCAAUUAAAGUGGUCCACGACCGCAAGAGAAGGCAAUUCCAGGUCCGGCUGAACGAUUCACACGAGCGGGCAGUGCUUUUGUAUGAGUAUGUGGGAAAGAAAACCAUUGACCUGCAGCAUACUGAGGUCCCUGAUGCCUACAGAGGACGAGGAAUAGCAAAGCUCAUGGCUAAGGCUGCCCUGGACUUCGUGGUUGAGGAAGAUCUGCGUGCUCAUCUGACCUGCUGGUACCUCCAGAAGUACAUAAAAGAAAACCCACUGCCUCACUACAUGGAACGGAUACAACAGCGGGCACCCUUGGAUUUUCACCUCCGCUAGGAUCCGGGGUCCUGUCCACAGGGAGAACUGUUACGUACUUGACCUUUCCUUUCUUUUGGUGGGUGGGGAGAUGUGGGUGUUGUAUUAUUAUUGGCUGUGCAAUUAAAAAUGCAAAAAUAUCUGUGAGUGGGGGGCUGCAGGUAACAUGUUUGAGCCCUAAUUUUCAUUGUGUGGGAUGUGUUACGUUCAGGCUCUGGUGAACCCUUAACCUCAGAUGGAUUAGAGUUCCUUCCAUAGUGAGAUCUUUCAUUGGUAAGGAUUUUACUCAAUUGUAGGUUCCAAUGUCAUUACUAAUGAGGAGUUAUUAUCUUCCAUACCUUACCUGAUGAAAUUGUGGAGAGAGAUGACAUGCAGAGAGGCUGAGCUGAGGGAAUAAAUGUAGGCAGAUGGUGGGAGGGAGGAUUGAGGGAACUGAGUGAGAAUGAGGAGGUGGGCUGUGGGGACUUUUGAUCACUGUGCAAGAAAGGGUCUUGAAGUACCAGAGAGGUCAUACAACGGGUCUGAGUGAGUGGAAGCAACUGGACAGAUAUAUCAAAUAAUACCAUAUACACAAAAGUAAUUAACAGAAAAACAUAGCAGAGUCUACAGCAAGGAGUACUGAAUGGAAUCAUGAGUGAAGGGAAGGGAGUAGAAGGCCCUCUGGCUGUGGAGGAGGGUGCUUGGUUCAGUGUUAGAGCUGUGAGGACAAUCCUGCCCAAUGUGGGCUGAAGCCCCAGAAUGGAGGGGAAAACAAUCUUGUGGCAAAGAGGGAGUACUUGACUGUAGAACUGGAGGAACAACUUCUUUCUUAAACCCCAAGCUCUCUCUUAACAAGAUAAAAUGCUUUGAUCCAGACCCCAUGGAGGCAGCAGGUAGGGUUUGAGAAGACCAGGAAUAUUAACUGUUGUGUUUGUGCCGUGCAGGAACACCUCAUAAGUUGCUUUUCAGAAGCAGGAUAUCAGAUGUCCAGUUGCCCUUGGCGGACCAUUUUACUGUAUGUUUUCUCUGAGACAAGCUGAUUAAAACAGGCCAUUUAAAGGGAGAACUAGAUUUUAAAUCUUAUUUUCAUGAUCUCGGGACCUUGCAGAAUAUUCUUGACCAAUCAAUUACCUUUCUGUUGUUCAGUUACUGUUGUGAAAUGGAUAGCUGAAACAGCCAAUUUCCACAUGGCAAGCUCUCAUGAGCACCUUCAAGGUAGGGGACCAGAUCUUACUACAUGGAAGCAUGCUCUUUAAGAAGUCCUUCUGCUCUCUUGGGUUCAUUCAGGAACAACAGGGAGUUCCCUCUAGAUUUCUGGCCAAUAUUUAUCCUUCUAUCUGACUUUGAUAAAGCAAAUUAUUAAGACAUUAUCAUACUCCAGCUAAUGGGAUCUUGCGGUGCACACUGGCUGCCACAGUUCCUACAUUACCAGAGUAACUCUUGUUUGCAAAAGUAUUUCCAAUCAGAUUGUGAAAGUAGCUUCAGUUAAGCAUUAACUUUAUUGAAACUUUAACCUUAGAAAUUAAAUUUAUUGAACAAUUCCAGGCACGGAGGACCCACCCAUCUGGCGUUUGCAUGUUUAAUGUACAUUGUGCUGAGGAGCCGGUGACUUUUUAGUCUCCAGCUGCUAUGCAACUAAUUAUUAAAAGGAACAUGGAUGCUGUGACUGAACUGACACAGCUGCUUUAGUUAGGUAAGCCUUGUUAACCCAGAUAGUUAACUAAAUUACUUGGCAACUGAAAUACCUCACACUAAAGCAAAACUUCAAUUAAUGAUGGCCAUGUCAUUUCUGGGAUUUGCCAUGUAUGUAAAUUUUUACCCUCUUAGCAUCACUGGGGAAUUGAUCAGUAACAAAUAUAUAGGGCUGAACCUGUCAGUGGAACAAGAGCACGCCCCAUGUAUAUGUGUGCUCAUGUAUGACAUGUCAUUGCCUUCAGCUUGAAGGCAAACAAUGUUCCCUCACCCCGAGUAAACACAUUAAAGCUUGGUGAUUAAGAGUGGAUUGCACAUUAUUACAGGCUGUUGAUGUUAAAUGCACUGUGGUCUAAUUCCUCCUUCCCCUCACAUCCUAACAGUACCCAGGCAAAGAAAAGUUAACCACCAAUUCAUUCUAGCUCUUCAAGCUUUUAACACUGAACUGCUUGAUGGUAAGAAUGUGGGCUGAUGACCAUGGGGAGACAGAUGAAUUAUCUUAAGGAGUUUGAUAAAGUUCCCUUUAGCCCUUUUAUGCAGGAAUCAGUCUAGGAAGGAAACGUUAAUCUUACAGGCUCUCAAGCACUGGCAGGGAAGGAACAGAAGCAGUAUUUUACACAGUUGAAGCCAUCAAAGGAUAAGGAUAAAAAUUGCAUAGAUAGCAGAGUUUAUCUGAGGCUCAUCCACAUGAUCUGAUUAACAAAACAUCUCGCAUUAGAGAGAGCUUCACUGAAUGAUAGUCAACUCAUUCUGAAAUAUGCAGUGCUUCCCUUGCUAAAUUCUUCAUUUAGUGUCACUAGAAAACAAGCUGGGGGACAAACAUGUAGACUUCAGUUUGCCAGCAGACUAGCUGGUUGCAGGAAUGAUUUCCCCCUUUGUAUUCAAGCUUCCUGAACCUCAGAAAUUUGCCGCCAAAGUAGGAAAAGUUUGUUCACAGCAUUUGAACCAACAAAGCUGACUGCCAUUUGAUGAAGAGUUCACUCUCUCUCUCUCUCUCUCUUACUCCAGAUACUAUCUGGCCUGCUGGGUGUUUUCAGCUUUUUUUGCUUUUCUUUCAGAUUUCUGACAGGUUUUUCAGCUUUGCCAAGCUAGAACAGAAGUAUGUGUUAAAAGCUGGAAUUGGAAAUUGGGAAGCCUCUCAUCUCAAGGGGCAAUGGAGACAGAAUUAAAAAACUGAGAGCUAGUUACAAGUAUCAAAGAUUUGAAAACAGAAUGGAUACUUGAGGUUAAGGAACAGCUCAGAAGAUGGAGUGCUGCAGCCCACUCUUCAGAAAUGUCCAAAAAUUCCCUAUCCCAGCUUUCCACUUACAUCUUGCACACUGUGUUGAUAUUAAAUAACAUUCUCCAUGGGGAGAUGACCUUUCCAAUAUAAACUUUUUCUGAGUGUUAUUUCAUACUUUUUAUGUAUCUUUUAUGCAGAGAAUCCAAUUAUUUAGUCUUUAGUUUUACAAAGAAAGCAAUAAAUUUCUAGCAAACUGCA